GGCCUGCGACCGUGGCCCCGGGUUCCUGCACCAGGCAUGCGCGGAAGUAGGCGUGCCGCGGCCCGGCACGCGCAGGCGUACAGGGCUGCCCGGGCUGCUGGUUCCUCUCCGAUUCCCGGCUUCUGUCGCCUUCUUCCCGGACCCUGGUCUCGGCCGCAGGUGACCCCCUUCCCCCAGCCCCAGUGGGCGGGUGGCAGGGGCAUGGAGGACGCUGGCGGCGGCGAGGAGACCCCGGCCCCGGAGGCCCCACACCCCCCUCAGCUCGCGCCUCCGGAGGAGCAGGGGUUGCUGUUCCAAGAGGAAACCAUCGAUCUUGGCGGAGAUGAGUUUGGAUCCGAAGAGAACGAGACCGCGUCGGAAGGCUCGAGUCCUCUCGCGGACAAGCUGAACGAGCACAUGAUGGAGAGCGUCCUCAUCUCCGACUCCCCCAACAACAGCGAGGGCGACGCGGGCGACCUGGGCCGAGCGCGGGAAGAAGCUGAGCCCGGAGCGGAAGGCGACCCGGGCCCGGAGCCCGCGGGCACCCCGAGUCCCGCUGGCGAGGUCGACGGCGACUGUGCGCCCGAGGACACCCCCGAGGACGCGGCCCCCAGGAGCGGAGGGGCCCCGAGGCAGGAUGCGGCCCGCGAGGCCCCCGGCAGCGAAGCCGCGCGCCCGGAGCAGGAGCCUCCCGCUGCGGAGCCGGUCCCCGUGUGCACCAUCUUCAGUCAGCGCGCGCCCCCGGCCCCCCGGGACGGCUUCGAGCCGCAGAUGGUGAAGUCGCCCAGCUUCGGCGGCGCCAGCGAGGCCCCGGCCAGGACGCCGCCCCAGGCGGUGCAGCCCAGCCCCAGCCUCAGCACGUUCUUCGGAGACGCGGCCGCCAGCCACUCCUUGGCCUCGGACUUCUUCGACUCCUUCACCACCUCCGCCUUCGUUUCCGUCAGCAACCCCGGCGCGGGCUCCCCGGCUCCCGCCAGCCCGCCUCCCCUCUCUGUGCCCGGGACCGAGGGGCGCCCCGAACCCGCGGCCAUGCGAGGGCCCCAGGCCGCUGCGCCCCCGGCGUCGCCAGAGCCGUUCGCGCACAUCCAGGCAGUGUUUGCGGGGAGUGACGACCCCUUCGCCACCGCCCUGAGCAUGAGCGAGAUGGACCGGAGGAACGACGCCUGGCUCCCCGGCGAGGCCACGCGUGGAGUCCUGCGGGCCGUGGCCACCCAGCAGCGCGGCGCCGUGUUCGUGGACAAGGAGAACCUUACCAUGCCGGGCCUCAGGUUCGACAACAUCCAGGGAGAUGCAGUUAAAGACUUGAUGCUUCGCUUUCUGGGUGAAAAAGCUGCAGCAAAGAGACAAGUCCUAAAUGCCGACUCAGUGGAACAAUCUUUUGUUGGAUUGAAACAGCUAAUCAGCUGCAGAAACUGGAGGGCAGCAGUGGACCUGUGCGGACGUCUCCUCACAGCCCACGGCCAGGGCUACGGCAAGAGCGGGCUGCCCACCAGCCACACGACAGAUUCACUGCAGCUCUGGUUUGUGAGGCUGGCACUACUAGUGAAGUUGGGCCUUUUCCAGAAUGCUGAGAUGGAAUUUGAACCCUUUGGAAAUCUUGAUCAGCCAGAUCUUUAUUACGAGUACUACCCACACGUGUACCCUGGGCGCAGGGGCUCCAUGGUCCCCUUCUCGAUGCGCAUCUUGCACGCGGAGCUUCAGCAGUACCUGGGGAACCCACAGGAGUCGCUGGAUAGACUGCACAGGGUGAAGACCGUCUGCAGCAAGAUCCUGGCCAAUCUGGAGCAAGGCUUAGCAGAAGACGGGGCCGUGAGCAGCGCGACUGAGGAGGGCAGACAAGCCUCUGUCCGGUUGUGGAGGUCACGUCUGGGCCGGGUGAUGUACUCCAUGGCAAACUGUCUGCUCCUGAUGAAGGAUUAUGUGCUCGCCGUGGAGGCGUACCAUUCGGUUAUCAAGUAUUACCCAGAGCAAGAGCCCCAGCUGCUCAGCGGCAUCGGCCGGAUUUCCCUGCAGACCUGUGUUUCCGUGACUGAAGUUGAUCAGUGGUAAAUAUGAAAAGAACUGGCGUUUCUGGCUGACUACGGAUUUAAUGUCAUCUAGCAACCUGUGUGGCUGUUAACAUAGCCGUGCUGUUUUUGGAUGGUUUAAAAUCAUCUGAUGCCCACACCACAGAGAAAAUCGUUCCUGCCUUCCUCUCCACUCAACAGCUCACAGCCACGGACUGUGGGACACUCCGCCUUGAGAAAGCUUUAAAAUGGCCAUUGCCCGUCUGUAACGGCUUCUGUGCCACCAAGGUGGUGAGGAAUCCCAAACCUGCGACAGAGAAGCAGGUGAAAGAGCUGAGAAUGGGAGCUCUCUUCACCAUCCAGAGGGCUGCCAGGUGGAGAACAGAGUGGUCGAGAUGGGAUCCACUGGGUUGGGAGACAGUGGCCUCUCCUGCCCUGGCAGAGUCCCAAGGGUCCAGCAGCUCUGCAGGGCACUCCCUCCAUGCAGUAGUUCUGGGGCCCAGGUUGCCCUCUCCUGUGGCCCCAUCGUCUGGAACCUGUGCCCUCCAGGUUGCUGCUGGAGGGGAGGGCCCCACCCAAGGCCAGAUGCAGAUCCACGGCACCCCCAGCCCUCAGUGCCUGUGUGAGUCGGGGCUCUCUAGAAGGACAGGACUCAUAGGAUAGAUGAAUCUAUGAAGGGGAGUUUAUUAGGAGAAUUGCCUCCCAAUCACAAGGUGAGGUCCCACAAUAGCUUGUCUGCAAGCUGACGGGCAAGGAAGCCAGCCCGAGUCCGAAAACCUCAAAAGUAGGGAAGCCAACAGCGCAGCCUUCAGUCUGUGGCUAAAGGCCUGAGACCGCCUGGCAAAUCACUGGUGUAAGUCCAAGAGUCCAAAAGCUGAAGAAUUUCAAGUCUGAUGUUCGAGAGCAGGAAGCCUCCAGCACAGGAGGAAGAUGAGGCUGGAAGACUCGGCAAGUCUGCUCUUUCCGACUUCUGCCUGCUUUAUUCUGGCUGCGCUGCGCUGGCAGCCGAUGAGAUGGUGCCCACCCAAACUGAGGGUGGGUCUGCCUCUCCCAGUCCAGUGACUCAGAUGUUCACCUCCUUUGGCAACACCCUCACAGACACACCCAGGAACAACACUUUGCAUCCUUCAAUCCAUUCAAGUUGACACUCAGUAUUAACCAUCACAGCGCCCAGGGAGGGGGAGCCGGACCCAGUGCACAGUUCUAGUUUCUGCCACAGGAACACUAACGAUGUGUUGCUCCUAAACUCAGAACCAAUAGGUUGGAGCUCCAGGGGUGGCAUUUCCCCGGGUUUUUGCAUUUGUGAUUGAUGUUGGUGUCUGGUUUGUGUGUGCACAGGUGACAUCGCAAAAGGAUAUGGCGGCAUAGAGGUUAGAAGCUGUCUUUCUCCCUCUCUGGAAAACUUUUGAGUAAUAUGGAAUGAUCUGUUCCGUGAAGGUUUGAGUAUUCACCUAAGAAUUGCCUUUGCUGAGCACAUGAGGUGUGCUGUGUGCUUUUCAUAAUUUAUUAUUAGUCUGCCUUAGUGGUGUGUGCCUGAGGAUUUUUCUGUGUUUCUGGGAACAGGUUUUUUAAUUUAGAGUUUUCUAGAAAGCCACCUGCUUUGUCCCUGUUUCUCAUGGCUUUGCA